CAUUGCUAAAUUAUAUCAACAAAUCCUCAAGAAAUAAAUGUGAUUUUAUUUGUUUUAAAGUAUUAACAUACUCUAAAGUGCUACUAAGUGCUGUAUGUUUAACAGACAAGAGUACGCUAUGUAAUAUGUAAUAUAUAACAUAUAAAUUAAGUGUACUUGCAGUUCUAACCCUCAUAAAUAGAUAUAAUUGAUAUAAAAUAUAAAUAAAAAUGGCACAAAAUUUACCCAUGGAAAUAAUGGAGCCCGAGGAAAUGAUUGAUUCUGAAUUAGUAUUUAUUGUGCCCCCGGAAAGAACACAAGAAGAGUAUGAAAUGCAACAUUUUGGAUUCACCGCUAAAGGCUUUGUUGAAUGUGUAUGCCAGAAUGCCGAACGCCAUGCAUCAACUAUACUUCAAGAAUUUGAAAAUCAAUACAUUUCACAAAAUGGUAGCAGUAGUGAAUUUGCUAAAUUUAUGCAAAAUUAUAAAGAGGCUUGUCAACCUUCAUUAGAUACAUUCAGAGAAAAUAUCAAGAGUUAUGCACAAAAAUAUUUUGUCAUACCAUCCAAUAUUUUAUUGCCUGGAGAUGAAGAUCAGGAGAAACAAAUUACGGAUGCAGAACAUGAAAAAUUAGAUAAAGAAAUUGAAAUGUUGGAAGAACAAAUAAAGAAUGAAAACGUUGAGCAAUCUGAAUUAGAGAGGAAUGAGCAUCUAUUACAGAAGUUACUUGAUAAAUCGGAAAAAAAGUUGGAACAAAUAGAAAAAGAAGUCGAUGUAUUAAAUGAAACAUUAGAUCACACUGAUUCUGAAGAAUUGGAUUAUAUACUUGUACAAAUUAAACAAUAUCUAAAUACAAAGAUUUAG